UCGGGAAGGUACUUAUCUGGGCGCCGCGGGCCGCCGGGCGCUCGCACUCCGGUUCAGCCGCCCCAGCGCUCGCCUCGUCCGCCCGCCCGCCGCACCCCGCGCCCUCGGGCCCCCCAAGCCGCAGCCAUGGACGCCAUCAAGAAGAAGAUGCAGAUGCUUAAACUGGACAAGGAGAACGCCUUGGACCGCGCCGAGCAGGCCGAGGCCGACAAGAAGGCGGCGGAGGACCGGAGCAAGCAGCUGGAGGACGACAUCUCUGCCAAGGAGAAGCUGCUUCGGGUCUCAGAAGAUGAGCGGGACCGGGUGUUGGAAGAAUUGCACAAGGCCGAGGACAGCCUACUGGCCGCUGACGAGACGGCCGCCAAGCUGGAAGAUGAGCUGGUGUCUCUGCAAAAGAAACUGAAAGGCACUGAGGAUGAGCUGGACAAGUACUCCGAGGCUCUCAAAGAUGCCCAGGAGAAGCUGGAGCUGGCUGAGAAAAAGGCCACCGAUGCUGAAGCCGACGUCGCCUCCCUGAACAGACGCAUCCAGCUGGUUGAGGAGGAGCUGGACCGAGCCCAGGAGCGUCUGGCCACCGCUCUGCAGAAGCUGGAGGAGGCUGAGAAGGCGGCCGACGAAAGCGAGAGAGGCAUGAAGGUCAUUGAAAGCCGAGCCCAGAAGGAUGAGGAGAAGAUGGAGAUCCAGGAGAUCCAGCUGAAGGAGGCCAAGCACAUCGCUGAGGAUGCCGACCGCAAGUAUGAAGAGGUGGCCCGGAAGCUGGUCAUCAUUGAGAGUGACCUGGAGCGUGCAGAGGAGCGGGCCGAACUCUCAGAAGGCAAAUGCGCCGAGCUUGAAGAAGAAUUGAAAACUGUGACCAACAACCUGAAGUCACUGGAGGCUCAGGCCGAGAAGUACUCCCAGAAGGAAGACAAGUACGAGGAGGAGAUCAAGGUCCUUUCCGACAAGCUGAAGGAGGCAGAGACUCGGGCUGAGUUUGCAGAGAGAUCUGUAACUAAAUUGGAGAAAAGCAUCGACGAUUUGGAAGAGAAAGUGGCCCAUGCCAAAGAAGAGAACCUUAGCAUGCAUCAGAUGCUGGAUCAGACUUUACUGGAGUUAAACAACAUGUGAACGCCUCCUUGGCCACCGGCACACGCUCUCCCUGUCAUUGUGUCUUGUCUGGUUUGCUUUGGGAUCACACACACAACCCUGGGAGGGGAAAAGAAAGGAAAAAAAAAAGGGAGGGGGGAACUUUAAAGCAUUUUUUUUAUACAUAUAUAUAUUUACCACUGUCACAGGAACAUACACAAAAUGCCAGUUAGGUGAGGGGGCUAGUUAGGGGGGAACACAGCCAGGGCAAGGGGCGCUCAUAGGUGGGGCCACGCUGGUGGAGAGUUGGCAGCGCCGCACGCACGGUCGGUCCGGACCCACACUAAGCAGCAGUCCACGCAGUGCCACAGCCACCCGGCUGAGGACUCGCAUCGCAAAACCAGCCAGGCGCAGAUCCGUCCACGAUCUCGGCUCCACUCGUGUGCCGUCUCGAAUUCUACUCAGCGCUAAUUUAUUUUGCCUCGAGACUGUGGGUCCCAUCUGCCUCAACUCACCAAAGCCAAGGAGGGUGGGGAGCCCCGCUGCUCUCAGCUGUCUGUCUGUCCUGACCAGCAUACACAGGGGAGCACUGGGGGUGGGGGGGUUCACUCUGUCGUUUCUCCACGUGAAUGGACAAGGUUUGAGCACUUCUUGCAAUCAGUAAAGGUGGGAGGGGCAGGGGGAGUGAGGGAGAAAAGAAAAAAGGAGAACCAUGUUCGUUUCUGAGCUGUAACUGCAAACGUACGAAAUGAAAUAAAAUGCACAUGGUAGGACGUUUUCUAAA